CAUUCCUCGAAUAUCUCUUGUGAAUGAUGAUCAAGCAAUACUACUACUAAACUACUAGCAACUAUUAGUCAGUCAUCAGUGUUAUCUGCGAGAUUCGUCUAUCGGUUUCAGGGUUAAAUUACGAGCACAAGUCGCAUGUCGCAUAUGUUUGUGUCUAUUCUGGCAAGGAUCGUGUACACGUAAUCAUCAGCUGUUUGUUUCAUCUCCAAAAAUUAAUUGAGCUCAACACCCAGACACUAUUAGACACUAUUGGCCGAAUUGAAUCUCGUAAGAGCAGUACAAGCGCUAAAAGGAAGAGGAUUUGUGAGAAGUGGAUUUGUUGACACGUCGAAAUUAAAUAAUAGACGAAAAGCGAUUGAUUCGCUCGCAGUUAUGUCAGUUAUAUCCGUCGCGGGAACUCCGUUGUAAAAGAGGCCGCGAUCAUGUGCGAAAAUUUAGGGAGCAAUCCAUUCGCCGGAUUGUUUUCCACGGACAACGAUGCUAUUUCAUUCUCUUCGCAGCAUGUCAAAAGCGUCGAAGUCAACGAUGCAAGUUACACGAAACAGUCGUCGGACGAGAUUGAGGAUAAACUCGAGAGCGCGCUGGAGUCCGUCAAUUCCCAUGACCAGGUCGACGAUCAGCUCAUGGCACAUGUGUUCGGUUUAACGUUGCAUGAAGAUAGCGACGCGCAAGAAUCCCUGGUGUUUAUCGACGCCGAUUCGGUAGAACACGCAGUCUUCGAACGCCUGAUGCUGCCAGACCCUAAACCUAGAGCGCAGAAUGUCGAUAGCCAUGUCGUUGAGACGCAGGUUAUAACCUAUCUUUACGAAUGCUACUGUCGUUUAAAGCACUAUCAAGUAAAUGGCUGCGAGGACGCUGUGACAAACGCUUGUCAAAUUGUACUGCGAAAUGCCAACACAGCUUUGCAGGAGCCAGCCUUGUUUCAGUCUCAACAGGUUCACAGCCAAUUUGUUGCUUUAUUCAUGGAUGACGUUACAUCAAAGACAGAAUUGUCAUCAUUUGUCAGUGGCAUAAUAGAAGAAUUAAUAGCAGCAAAUAGCGAAAGCGAUGUAGAUAAUAUAAUUAAAAAAACCUUUGCUCCUAUUCUUAAUAUUAUCCAUAAGGAGGCAGCUCAGAGCAAUCUCUUCACUUUCCGUCACCAAUGGUUUGAUCUGUUAAGCACAUUUUCCACAAUUGAACCAUUGGCGAAAUUUGUAGUUCAUCACAGUACACCAAGAAAAAAAGAACAAGUGCAGGGUUGUGUAUAUUCAGAAACGUUAUUAGGCACUCUCUUCAACAUAAGCUGUCUACCGAAAAAGGCUAAAGAUCCGUAUGAUCUUUUCGAGAAUCCUUUACAGCAACCAAAUACGAUCAUGGAGGGUACCAUAUGGGCAGCCAUGGACAAUCUAAGCAAAGCCUUGUACAAAGUUUUUCAUUCUCUGUUGAAAUGUUCGACGGAAGUUCGUCACUUGACUUUACAAUGGCUGGGCAACUGUCUUUACACGAACGCAAGUAGAGGAAAACUUUGGAACUCUCAAGUGGAGAUGGGAUUACUGGGACGGACGUGCGUGUCGGAUGGUUUUAUGCUGAAUAUAGGCAAUGUAUUAUUACGUCUUUGUCAACCGUUUUGUGCUAAAUUGAAUGAUGCCAAAGUACCGAAGAUAGAUCCUACAUACUGUAGCACAGAGGCAAAAGAUGAAGCCGAGAGUCUGCAACGUGGUAUACAUAUGAAAGGAUUGAGUUCAGAAACAUGUUUAAUACCUACUCCAGAGGGUGAAAGCCGACCGAUGUCAGAUACAUUUGGAUUCGUAACAGAAUGUUUUUUCCUUACACAUCGCGCAUUAGAUCUUGGUUACAGAGUUAUUUUAGACAAAUUUUCAAAAUCAAAUCAAACUUUAGCUCUGCUACAAAGACAUUACAAUGAAGCUCGAGCUACUACUGAGCCUGGUGUUACACAGCACAAUUUAGAAGAAAUGCUAUUAAAACGAAUGGAGACCGAGAUGAAAAAGUAUCUGUCUUUUAAAGCGAGUUUAUUAACGCCGGAAAUGUUGGAACAUUUGACGAAAUUUCAUGCAAUGACGGCGUUUUGGUUGGUUCAAGUCAAUUUACAUGUUGCAACUGAAGAAGAGGGCAAACAAAAUUUUAUACCAAAUCAAUAUACACCUGUUACAUUCCCAUUAUCAGAAACUGUUCCAAUUACGUUAAGAUGCAUUCCUGAGUUUGUAGUAGAGAACACCAUUGGAUUCUUGUGUUUUUUACGUCGUGUGAGUCCCAACACAUUUGAAGAACAGGGUCCGAGUUUUUUGAAUCCGAUCUUAACGGAGAUUAUAAUUCUGAUGGAGUCUCAGCAUCGUUUGUACAAUCCGCAUAUACGCGCGAGUUUAGCUGAAAGUUUAGAGGCACUUUUGCCGAUUGUGGAUGAGAACGUUGCUCCAGCAGCACCAAACCUAGGAACAUUCCAUAGGGAACAAUUAUUUCUCACUCAUCCGCACAGACAGCAGAUAGUUGUCAAUUUACUUCAUGUAUUUGUAAGUAUCGAGAUGACUGGACAAAGUGUACAAUUUGAACAAAAGUUCAAUUAUCGUCGUCCAAUGUACAUUGUUAUGGAUUAUUUAUGGCAAAUUGUUGAACAUCGUAAUAACUUUAUUACUUUAGCUCAAGAAGCGGAGGACAACAUGGAAGCAGUUCAACCACCCUUGUUCCUACGUUUUAUUAAUUUAUUAAUGAAUGACGCUGUGUUUCUUCUGGAUGAGGCCUUGUCAAAUAUGGCACAGUUGAGACAAAUAAAUCGAACUAGACUAUAUAAUAGACUAUACCCUAACUUGGCACAAGAAGAAAUUGGCCAAAAUGAAGCAUAUUUUGAACAUAUUGGUAUGAUUGCUCGCUUUGAUAAUAUUCUGGGCAGAAAAACUAUACAGACAAUAAAAAUGCUGACUACCGAAAUAAAAUCCAUCUUUUGCCAUCCAACCAUGGUGGACCGUAUCGCUUCUAUGCUCAAUUAUUUGUUAUUGCAAUUGGUAGGACCUAAUCAAAAAAAUCUCAAGGUGAAUGAUCAAAAGGAAUAUGCAUUCAAGCCUGCAAAUUUGGUAUUAAGUAUAUGCGAGAUCUACAUUAAUCUGAGUAAAAAUGAUAGCUUUACACUCGCCGUGUCUCAAGACGGACGUUCUUAUACUCCGGAACUAUUUAAACUUGCGGAGAAUGUACUUGUUCGUAUCGGUGGUGUCGGAAUCUUGGAAGAUUUGAAUCAAUUUGCAAAAAAUGUAGAAAAGGCCGCAAAUCAAAAACGAGAGGAAGACGAAGUUUUGACAGAUGCUCCCGACGAAUUCCUAGAUCCAAUUAUGUCAACUGUCAUGAUGGAUCCUGUUAUUUUGCCAUCGUCGAAAGUAACUAUCGAUCGUCAAACUAUAGCAAGACAUUUACUGAGUGAUCAAACUGAUCCUUUCAAUCGAUCUCCACUUACGAUGGAUAUGGUGAAAUCAAAUGUCGAACUUCAACGGGAGAUACAAGAGUGGAUUUCAAAGAAAAAAUUAGAGAAAACGUUAAGGAUUGAUACAUAAUUUAUCAUCAGUUGUAACACGAUGGAACCAUGUUGAAAUUUAUAUACGCAAUCUCUAAGGCAAAUUGUAAGUCAUCAAAGCACAUACAUCGAUGACAACCUUACAGUUGCUAAAAAAAAAGAAAGGUUUGGAUUCGUAGAAAUUGGCAUUUUCAAUUGGAAAUGCCAAUUUCCAUGAAACGAAAAAUAAACACAAUAAAAGAUAUUUCAUUGUGUUUUAUCAUGUUGUUUCAUCAGGAUUUUAUCGAUCACUGAUAUUCAAUUUGUCUACAGUGACAGAUAUAAAAAAACAAUUUUGUAUACAUACUUUACAUGAGUAUAUACAGGGUUAUGUUAUACAUAAAUAUAGAAUUACGACAUAUAUAUGUAGGGCGUAACUAAAAUAAGGUAAAGCAACAAACUUCGGGAUCGAGCUCCCCAUACCAAACAUAAAAAAAAUUAACCAAGUUUUAGUUACACUCUGUAUAUUGAUUGAUGAAAUGUUAUAUACAUAGAUUGCACAUGAUUUUAGGAAUCGUUGUAUCAAAAAAGUAAUUAUAUGUUUCAUGUACUUUAUAGAAUAAAGUGUAAUUAGUUUACGAA